CACAAACUUUAGGCCUCACAAGUCAUGAGUAGGACUUACCAAAAACAAAAACAAAAAAAAAAGUUAGUUUUGAUUUUGAAGCUGUUGUUUUGUAACUCAUGAAUCCAUUCGCUCCGCUAUGUAAUAAUCAAUUUCAACCCAUUUUUGCAUUCUUCUUCUUCUUCCUCUUCCCUCAAUUUCAAUUCUCUCUACUCAGAUAAUGGAAGACGAGUACAAGCUGAGUCAACACUCCGGCGACUCCGUCACCAUCGAGCUACCUGGAAUGGUCAUUAUCACAGCCAUUUUAGUCUUCUUCUUAGUCCUUGUUUUUGUUCUUCUUCUCCAACUCUACGCCAAAUGGUUAUGGUCUCGCAUUGAAGAUCCCACCCCUCUUCCACUUGAAACUCGCCGCCGCCGCCGCCGCCGCCGAUUUGAGUUCUCCGCCGUACAUGACCCCAAUUCUGCAAGAGGGUUAGACCCCACUGUCCUCCGCUCACUCCCUGUUAUCAUAUUUCACCCCGAUGACUUCAAAGAUGGGCUCGAGUGUGCCGUUUGUCUCUCCGAUCUUGUUGAAGGUGAAAAGGCAAAGCUGCUUCAUGAUUGCUUCCAUGGCUUCCAUAGCGAUUGUAUCGAUAUGUGGUUUCAGUCUCAUUCCACUUGCCCUCUCUGUCGGAACCCCGUCACCACCGCCGUCGCAGACACCGCCGAGUUGCACGAUGAAGAUUCAACUUCUGGGUUGUCCUCAGAAUCUCCAACUUUCCCAACUAAUGUAUUGAUUUGGGGAAAUCAAGGGCAGGUCACCUCUGCCGGAGCUCUUCUUGAAGUGGAAGAGGGUCCUUCUCAAAACCAUUUUCCGGCGGCUUCUUCAUCGGCAUCAACCACUUACCCAGAUGCAGAAUUAGUGAUUGAUGUACAGAAUGAAGUUCAAUUUCCGCCAUUAACAACUAAUGAAGAUGGAAAGUUACCUGUUGUCACUAGGUUGAGGUCUUUGAAAAGACUUUUGAGUAGGCAAAGAAGAGUGAAUCCUUGUAAUUCAAAUUCAGCUAAUGCUGAAUCAGAACAACUUCCAUGAGAGGGUGAGAACAAAGUUAAAGCUUAUACAAAAUUUGUAUAAAUUUAUUUGUUUUUCAGUAACGAGAGGGAUAGUGUUGUUGAGAUCAUCUCUGAAAUCAAUGUUUCUCCAACCAACUCUUCCAUUUUGUUAGAAAUAUGGUUACUUUUCAGAA